UCCGCGCCAGGACCCGGGUCCUUCCGUGCGCGUUGAUAUGAUUGGCCGACCGGGAGCGGGCCUCUUUUCCUGCUUUAGCAGCUCGGCGCGGCCGUCAUCAUGAAUGACACAGUAACGAUCCGGACCAGGAAGUUCAUGACCAAUCGUCUGCUUCAAAGAAAACAGAUGGUUAUUGAUGUCCUUCAUCCUGGGAAGGCAACAGUACCAAAGACAGAAAUUCGGGAGAAGUUAGCCAAAAUGUACAAAACCACACCAGAUGUCAUCUUUGUAUUUGGGUUCAGAACUCAUUUUGGUGGUGGGAAAACAACUGGUUUUGGCAUGAUCUAUGAUUCUCUCGAUUAUGCAAAGAAGAAUGAGCCCAAACACAGACUUGCAAGACAUGGCCUUUAUGAGAAGAAAAAGACCUCCCGAAAACAGCGAAAGGAACGCAAGAAUAGAAUGAAGAAGGUUAGGGGGACUGCGAAGGCCAAUGUUGGUGCUGGCAAAAAGAAAUGAAUUAUCUAGCAGUGAGUGGAGAUUGGAUACAGCCAAAGGAGUAGAUCGGCGGUGACUUGAUCUGCUGUGGUUUGCAGGCAAUUUCCCAGAGGACAAAUAAACUAAAAGCUUAUGUGUCUGGAGUCUGCCGUUUAUUGGGUAUUAGAAGUAUCAGGUGGCUGGGCUAGAGAGAUGGCUCAGUUUAAGAGCAUUGACUGCUCUUUCAGAGGUCCUGAGUUCAAUUCCCAGCAACCACAUGGUGGCUCACAGCCAUCUAUAAUGAGAUCUGGUGCCCUCUACUGGUGUGCAGGCAGAACACUGCAUAUAUAAUAAAUAAUUUUUUUUUGAAAGUA